AUAUCGUAGGCACGUGCUUUCACUUUCUUUCUUAAUUCAUAAUCCAAAAGUAUAUCCAAAAUCUAUAUAAACCACUGUCAAACUUUCACAAAAUUCUAAACAAACAACUUGUUAUCACAACACACUUCAAAAUCUAAGAAAAUCAGUAGCUUGUUAUAGACUGACACGUGUCUAAAAUGAAUAACGACUCGAGUUUGUACUCGUCAGAUCUCAACCCAUUAAGUGCAACAAUAGCUUCCGAUGAGGAAGGAAUACUAUUACUAGCUUCAAGCCAACCCAAGAAACGUGCAGGGAGGAAGAAGUUCAAGGAAACUCGCCACCCAGUUUAUAGGGGAGUGAGGAGGAGGAAUAAUAACAAGUGGGUUUGCGAGCUACGUGAGCCUAGUCAACAGAAAAGAAUAUGGCUAGGGACUUACUCUACUCCUGAAAUGGCGGCUCGAGCUCAUGAUGUUGCUGCAUUAGCUCUUAGAGGUAAUCUAGCCACUCUGAACUUUGCUGACUCUCGUUGGCGAUUGCCAGUGCCCGCAUCAAAGGACCCCAAGGACAUACGACAGGCGGCAGUUAUAGCCGCACAAACUUUUACUCAAGAUACUGAAUUAGUUGGAAUCGACGGUAUGAAUGAGGAAAUUAACUCCAGUACUAUUGAUGAAAUAAAGUAUCAAGAGAUUGAUAUAACGAGGGCUAAUAAUGGGAGUAGUAGGGAUUUUGGCGCAAAGGAAUUGUGUAUAGAUAUGGAGAACAAUUUAUGUUGUAAUUGGGGAGAAGAUAACGACAUGUUGGAGAUGGAAGGAUGGCAAGAAAAGAUGGCGGAGGGGCUUUUGUUUUCACCAACUCCGCGUUUAGGUAGUUGUUUCAGUUGGGAUGAUGUAGAAAGUGAAGUUGAGGUGUCUUUGUGGAGUUAUAGUAUUUGAUACUAACUAGCCAGUUAGUUACAUGCUACGAGUAGCAUUUUACAAAAAGGAAAAACAAAAAAAAAGAGGAAUAGUCAACUAGGAUGAUGUUGUUAGUUACAAUUGUACAUUGCAAAUAUAUAUCUUCAUGUUACUAUUUCCAUAUAGUCGAGAACCAAAAUUUGCAAUACCAGUCAAUAAGGACAUACGACAAUAACACACCCACUAUAAUCCCACAAGUGGGGUGUGGAGAGGUAGGAUGUACGCAAACCUUAUCUUUACCUUUGUGGGGACCAGUCAACAAAGACAUGCCUCUUCGAAUUCCUUUUGUUCUUUUCGACACAUUGAAUUCAUUUGUGUUGUAGUACAUGCAUCCAGCAUAAGCAUCCAUCUCUUUGUACAGCCUACACAUAAUCUAAUGCAUGUAUUAGAUUUUUCAAA